CUCUUAGAACUGUACCGAGAGAAUCUCUAGCACUUGAUAAGAGAAUAUACCUUCCAUUUUUUGAUUCGCAAUCCACGUCCCUCCACAUGGACCAGAAACUUCCUCACGUCUGUGCCAAAUGACCACGUUCAAACCCGUCAAUAUCGUCAUCAACACCAGACUCGUUGCUGGUAGUGACCGGAGUAUCCCGGCUCCAAGAAUUUCUCCAAUGGCGGGUUUACCACAUGGCUCUAUGUUCAGUCUGUACACAACACGUCCUAAAAUAUGUUACAUGAAGCAAUUGAGCUGUUCCUCUGCAUGUUGCAGAUUGUUUGCUAACGAGAAUAAAGCUUUGCUUGUUUCUCGCCUUUCCAGAAUCAAAACUGGAAGCUUUAAAUAUGAUGAUAAGGACAGUUAUGAGGCUUCAAAGCCUAAAGAUGUACUAGAAAGGAAAGAUAGCAUCAACAGCGACGUGCUUUUAGAUGGUAAAGAGGGUUAUAAUGUUGGAAUCCCAUUCCUGGUUAUGAUGGCAAUUGCAAUGGGCAUAGCUGUAACGGCAACACUAAUAUCCAUUUACCAGCAGCCUAUUCUUGGAUCAUCUUUUGUUGUACGGUCUCUUUCUGAAAGUUCAUCCUCUUCAGCGGUUGAUCCAGCCGCUGCUGGUUUCAGUUUCAAAGUUUUUGGAUACAAAAUUAUACUUCCAGAAUAUGCACCAGGAUGGAUCUACUUCUGGUUGCUUAUGGCUCCAGGCUGUGGACUUUUCAUCAGUGAAGAGGUUUUAAAUAUUUGGGUUGGCAUAUCACUCUCUCGGUUUCUGUCUCUGGAUGGAACAUGGCAGUCUUUUGCAGAAUCUUUCUCAAGGAAUGGUUCAUAUGUGAUAUCAACAGUUUUCUGGGUUUACUGGGGGGUGUGCAUUAGUGACCUGAUACCAUUUUACUUGGGGAGGCUUUUCAUUCAGUCUGGGGUAUCUGAUGAUGUUUCUUCAAGGCUAGGAAUUGGCAAGGAGAAGGCCUUGGGGAUUACGAAGGUGGUGCAAAAGUAUGGCAAUCUAAUAGGUUUUGUUCAACGAUUUUCUCUUGGAGCAAGGAACCCCACUGCUUUUCUAGCGGGUGCUAUGGGUAUAUCUGCAGAGUUAUUUUUUGCUGGAGUCUGCUGUGGUGGUCUAUUCACACUUCCCCUUCAGCUUGGAAUAGGUUUUCUUUUGAGGGAACGCCCUUUGUUUGCCGUUGCAACUGUGAUGGGAAUUUGGACCAUUUUUCCAUAUGCCUUGGCUGGAUUAACUGCGUUAUUCUUCUAUCUCCGAAGGCCUUACUCCACUUAGUCAUUGAAUUACUUAGGGCAAAUCAUCUAGUAGAAGAUAUCGUGGAGCUCAAAAGUUGUACCAUUUUUUCAGAGAUGACCAAGUUGAAAAUGGCAAAUUUCAUCAUAAUUUACUAUAUUUCUAUUACAUUGAUUUUCUUUUUCCUAUUUUCUCAGCUCUGAGUGUCUUACUUCUCCUUGAACUCAACAGUAAGUGUUGAUGUGAAGAUCUAUUUCUCUAUGUAACGACAUAAUUUAGCUU